GUUGUCCCCACGGUGCUGUUGGAUGAAAUCGAGGCAGCAGAGGCAGAAGGCAAUGAUGACCGUAUUGAGGGGGUGCUGUGUGGAGCUGUGAAGCAGCUGAAAAUGAACAGAGCCAAACCUGAUACCACGCUGUACCUGAGCCUCAUGUACCUGGCAAAAAUCAAACCAAACAUCUUUGCCACUGAGGGGGUUAUUGAGGCAUUGUGCAGUCUGCUCCGAAGAGAUGCCUCCAUCAAUUUCAAAGCCAAAGGGAACAGCCUUGUGUCUGUCUUGGCCUGCAACCUUCUCAUGGCAGCUUACGAAGAGGAUGAGAACUGGCCAGAGAUCUUUGUCAAGGUUUACAUUGAGGACUCCCUUGGGGAGCGCAUCUGGGUGGACAGCCCUCACUGCAAGACAUUUCUGGAUAACAUCCAAACAGCUUUUAACACAAAGAUGCCUCCUAAGAGCAUGCUCUUACAUGGGGAAGUUGGACGUAGUGGAGGGGAUCUCAGUGCUGGGAGUAGCCCACACCCUUCCAUGACAGAGGAGGAAGACAGCCAGAGUGAACUUCUGAUUGCAGAGGAGAAAAUGAGCCCAGAGCAGGAGGGCCAGCUCAUGCCCAGGUACGAUGACCUCGCAGAGAGCGUGGAGGAAUAUGUCCUAGACAUGCUGCGGGACCAACUCAACCGGCGCCAGCCAAUGGACAAUGUCUCCAGGAACCUCCUUCGACUGCUGACGGCAACCUGUGGCUACAAAGAGGUGCGGCAGAUGGCUGUGCAGAGGCUGGAGAUGUGGCUGCAGAAUCCAAAGUUGACUAAGCCAGCUCAGGACUUGCUGAUGUCCGUCUGUAUGAACUGCAACACCCACAACUCAGAGGACAUGGAAGUUAUCUCCAACCUCAUUAAAAUUCGCCUCAAGCCAAAGGUCCUUCUCAACCACUACAUGCUGUGUAUUAGAGAGCUGCUGAAUGCACACAGGGAUAACUUGGGCACCACAAUUAAGUUUGUGAUUUUCAACGAACUAUCAAAUGCAAGAAAUCCCAACAACAUGCAGAUCCUGUAUACUGUGCUUCAGCACAGCUCAGAACAAGCUCCCAAGUACCUAGCAAUGGUGUUCCAGGAUCUUUUGACUACUAAGGAUGAUUACCUGCGGGCUUCACGGGCUCUGCUGCGAGAGAUCAUCAAACAGACAAAACACGAGAUCAACUUCCAGGCCUUCUGCCUGGGUCUUAUGCAGGAACGGAAGGAGGCCCAGUACACUGAAAUGGAAUUCAAGGAGCGGUUUGUCAUCCACAUAACUGAUCUGCUGGCUGUCUCCAUGAUGCUUGGUAUCACAGCCCAGGUGAAGGAGGCUGGAAUUGCUUGGGACAAAGGAGAGAAAAAGAACCUGGAAGUGCUACGCUCUUUCCAGAACCAAAUUGCUGCUAUCCAACGAGAUGCUGUCUGGUGGCUUCACACAGUUGUUCCAUCUAUCAGCAAACUGGCUCCGAAGGACUAUGUGCACUGUCUCCACAAGGUGCUCUUCACAGAACAGCCAGAAACCUACUACAAAUGGGACAACUGGCCCCCUGAGAGUGACCGCAACUUCUUCCUUCGCCUCUGCUCCGAGGUGCCCAUCCUCGAAGACACACUCAUGCGGAUCCUUGUGAUCGGUUUGUCGCGGGACCUUCCUCUUGGCCCUGCAGAUGCCAUGGAGCUUGCUGACCACUUGGUGAAGCGGGCUGCGGCUGUGCAAGCAGAUGAUGUUGAGGUCCUGAGGGUAGAAAGAAUCCAGCUGAUCGAUGCAGUCUUAAAUCUGUGCACUUACCACCAUCCAGAGAAUAUCCAGCUGCCCCCAGGGUACCAGCCUCCAAACCUAGCUAUUUCUACACUCUACUGGAAAGCCUGGCCUCUCCUGCUUGUAGUGGCUGCAUUCAAUCCUGAAAACAUUGGUCUGGCUGCAUGGGAAGAGUACCCUUCUCUAAAGAUGCUCAUGGAAAUGGUCAUGACCAAUAAUUAUUCCUAUCCUCAAUGUACCUUGACGGAUGAGGAGACACGCACAGAAAUGAUUAAUCGUGAGCUUCAGAUCUCCCAAAGAGAAAAACAGGAAAUUCUUGCAUUUGAAGGUCAUCUGGCUGCUGCAUCCACAAAACAAACAAUUACAGAGAGCAGCAGCCUCUUGCUGUCCCAGCUGACGAGUCUGGACCCUCAGGGCCCCCCACGCAGACCUCCACCACAUGUCCUGGAGCAGGUGAAAAGCCUGAACCAGUCACUUCGCUUGGGCCACCUCCUGUGUCGCAGUCGUCAUCCUGACUUUCUUCUCAACAUCAUUCAAAGACAGGCCUCAUCACAGUCAAUGCCAUGGCUGGCAGAUCUGGUCCAGUCCAGCGAGGGCUCCUUGGAUGUCCUACCUGUGCAGUGCCUUUGUGAGUUCCUACUUCACGAUGCUGCUGAUGAAUCGACCUCGGGUGAAGAAGAGGAGGAGGGUGAGAGUAAGGAACAGCGUGCCAAGAAACGCCAGAGACAACAGAAACAAAGGCAGUUGCUUGGACGGUUGCAAGAUUUGCUUUUGGGUCCCAAAGCAGAUGAACAGACAACCUGUGAGGUGCUUGACUAUUUCCUACGACGCCUGAGUUCCUCCCAGGUGGCCUCACGAGUCUUGGCCAUGAAGGGCCUGUCCUUGGUGCUGUCAGAAGGGGGAUUGCGUGAUGGAGAGGAGAAAGAUCACCCCAUGGAAGAAGACUCUGGCGAUUCUGAACUGCUGCAGGGGUAUCAGUGGCUGCUGAGAGACCUCCCGAGGCUGCCACUGUUUGACAGCGUUAGAGCAACAACAGCUCUUGCCUUGCAACAGGCCAUCCACAUGGAGACAGAUCCCCAGACCAUCAGUGCUUACCUGGUGUACCUCUCCCAGCAUGCCCCAGUGGAGGAGCAGGGACAGCACAAUGACCUCGCUCUGGAUGUAGCCCGACUCAUAGUGGAACGCUCUACCAUCAUGUCUCACCUCUUCUCCAAGCUCUCGUACUGUGCUGAAUCAGAUGCAGUGCUUGUUGCUCUUCUCUCCAUCUUUUCUCGCUACAUCAAACGCAUGCGCCAGAGCAAGGAGGGAGAGGAGGUGUACAGCUGGUCAGAGUCCCAGGAUCAGGUGUUCCUUCGUUGGACUAGUGGGGAAACAGCCACUAUGCACAUUCUUGUGGUUCAUGCCAUGGUUAUUCUCCUGACACUAGGGCCACCUCAAGCAGGGGAUGGUGAUUUUUAUACCUUACUGGAUAUAUGGUUCCCGGAGAAAAAGCCCCUUCCUACUGCUUUUCUGGUUGACACCUCAGAGGAGGCUCUGCUGCUCCCCGACUGGCUAAAGCUGCGUAUGAUCCGCUCUGAGGUCCCGCGUCUUGUGGAUGCAGCCCUGCAGGACCUGGAGCCACAACAGCUGCUUCUCUUUGUUCAGUCCUUUGGAAUCCCAGUUUCCAGCAUGAGCAAACUUCUGCAAUACCUGGACCAGGCAGUAUCUCAUGACCCACAGACGCUAGAGCAGAACAUCAUGGACAAGAACUACAUGGCUCACCUUGUGGAAGUUCAACAUGAGAGAGGAGCGACAGGAGGCCAGACUUUCCACUCCCUGCUCACUGCAUCCUUACCAGCCCGCCGAGACAGUGCUGAAACUGCAAGGUCAAAAUCCAGUCCUGAGAGCUCUCAAGGCCAGAGUCGAAUCCGAGCCUUAAGCCAGGUCCGAGUUCUGGGCCCAGAAGAUGAUCUAGCAGGCAUCUUUCUGCAGCUUUUCCCACUAAAUCCAGACCCACGAUGGCAGAAUUCAAACCUGCGCCCGCUUGCCCUGGCGUUACAGCAGGCUCUGGGGCAGGAACUGGCUCGUAUCCGUCAGGGGAACGCGCAGGUGACCGGGAUCACUGCACGACUUCUCCAGGCAGUAGCUGCACUGAUGAACUCCCCGCACAGCGGGGCCUUGGUGAUGGCCAUGCAUCAUCACCACUUCAUCUCCUGCCCACUGAUGCGCCAGUUGUACCAGUAUCAGCGCUGCAUGCCACAGGACACUGCCUUCUCCUCGCUCUUUUUCAAAGUCCUCAUGCAGAUGCUGCAGUGGUUGGAGAACCCUGCAGUGGAAGAUGGUCCUCUGCGUGCUCAGCUGAAGGCCUUUGCUGUGCAGUACUCCUCAAGGCACAGGAUCAGUGAUGUUCGAGGUGGCUUCUUGCAUCUCACAGAAGCUCUGACUUUCCGUCGUGACCCUGACUUGAUCAGCUCCACGGUCCGUGCCAUCAUUGCAACUCUGAAAUCAGGAGAGAAGUGUAAUGUGGAGCCAGACCUCAUCAGCAAAGUCCUUCAAGGUCUGAUUGAAACUCACUCUCCGUACUUGGAAGAACUCCUGACUGUCCUCUUCUCAGCUACUGUUGAGACCACUGCCAGGUUUCCUGCUAUGAAACCAAUUGCUGUGGUGAGCUCCUUGUUGCUUCAGGACAAAGAAGAAACACCAGUGAAGAAGGAGCUGGACAGUUGCAGUACUGAAGCUGCUUGGCUAGGACCCUCCUCUGGCCUUCUUAAUGACUGGCUGGAGAUGCUGGACCCAGAGGUAAUCAGCAGCUGCCCUGAUCUUCAGCAGAAGCUACUGUUCUCCUGGAACAAAGCAGGGUCCCAGGUGCCAUCAUUCCGCCCGUAUCUCUUGGCUCUUCUCACUCACCAGUCCAGCUGGACCACGCUGCACCAGUGCAUCAGACUUCUGCUUUGCAGAAACCGGGAGCAAAGGUUUGACCCAACUGCAUCCUUGGAUUUCUUGUGGGCCUGUAUUCACAUUCCUCGGAUCUGGCAGGGAAGGGACCAAAGAACUCCUCAGAAACGCCGUGAGGAAUUUGUGCUCCACCUAAAGGCAUCAGAAUUGAUCAGCAUGGUGGAGCUGAUCCUGGCUGAAGCAGAAACCAGAUACCAGAACACAGAAGAGGCCUCCUGCACACUCAUCCAGUCUCGUCUGCCUUUGUUGCUUAGUUGUUCUCAUGGGGACCUUGAGAGCAUCAAAAAAGUAACGGAGUAUCUGACUGGCUGCAUCCAGCAGUGGGGAAGCAGCUCUGUGGGAAAAUGCUGCCAGGACCUUCUGCUUCAGAUAUACCUGCAACUACCCGAGCUCCUUGUGCCUUUGCCUGAGAUGCUUCUCACCAGUGAAGGAGCCAGAGACAGCAGCACUUGCAAGCUCGAUGCCCUGGUUCACAGAUUCAUUAACCUCCUUGCAGACACCAGUGACUCCAAGUCAUCAGAAAGCCGCGUGUGGGAUGCCAAUAUGGCCUGCAGGAAGCUAGCUGUGGCUCAUCCCAUCCUGCUUCUUAGGCACUUACCAAUGAUUGCAGCACUGCUGCACGGCCGUGUUCACCUCAAUUUCCAGGAGUUCAGGCAGCAGAACCACUUGACCUUCUUCAUCCAUGUCCUGGGGAUCCUGGAGCUGCUCCAGCCGCAGGUCUUCCAGAACGAGCACCAGGCGGCACUAUGGGACUGUCUCCUGUCCUUCAUCCGUCUGCUGCUGAACUACAGAAAAUCCUCGCGGCACCUGGCUGCCUUCAUCAGCAAGUUUGUCCAGUUUAUCCACAAGUACAUCACGUGCAAUGCCCAGGCAGCUGUCUCCUUCUUGCAGAAGCACUCGGAUCCACUCCAUGACCUAUCAUCAGAUAACAGUGACCUUGCUAUGUUGAAGUCCCUCCUCGCUGGGCUGAGUCUACCUAGUAAGAGUGGCAUCUUGGACAGGGGCUCUGAUGAAGAGAAGGAUGACGAAGCAGGAGCUGGCUCUCUCCCCCUCGUCAGUGUGUCUCUCUUCACUCCUCUCACGCCAGCUGAAAUGGCCCCCUAUAUGAAGAGGCUCUCUAGAGGCCAAACAGUUGAGGACAUCCUGGAGGUGCUGACAGACAUUGAUGAGAUGUCCAGACGGAGGCCAGAAAUUCUCUCCUUUUUUGCUACAAACCUCCAGAAGCUGAUGAGUGCAUCAGAGGAGUCCUGCCGAAAUCUGGCCUUUAGCCUGGCUCUGCGCUCCAUUCAGAACAACCCCAGCAUUGCAGCAGACUUCCUUCCCACCUUCAUGUACUGCCUUGGCAGCCGAGACUUCGAGGUGGUGCAGACAGCGCUGAGGAACCUGCCCGAAUACACCCUCCUUUGCCAAGAGCACGCAGCGGUGUUACUGCACAGGGCCUUCCUGGUAGGGAUGUACAGCCAGAUCGACACCAGCUCUCAGAUUUCAGAAGCCUUGAAGGUUUUGCACAUGGAGGCCAUGAUAUGAACAUGUGGUUCUGGGAGCUCUGCUUCCAGAGGACUUGACUUAACUGGACUCAUUGGCUGCAUUGAAGCCCUGUAAGAAGACGAUGUAUUUCAGCCGAUGUGCUGGAGGAUCCAAGAGGAGAUGUAGCAG